GAUCAAGUUGCGAACUUGGGCGAUAUAUGCCAACUGGUAAUUCUCGAGCUUAUCCGGAGAGUCAAUAAGCACCAUCCGGAGAUGAAGGGUGCGCUGUUGAAGGUGGUAUAUACUCUGAGGGAAUCACUAAGCCCUGCAGUGCAGUAUGAGACCGCUAAUACUUUGGUCAUCCUGUCCAAGUCUCAUGUCGCCAUUGGAGCUGCGGCUGAGGCUUACGUGAACCUGGUGAUCACCCAGGCUGAUAAUAAUGUAAAGCUCAUUGUAUUGGACAGAAUAGACCUUCUAAGGAAGCACUACAAGCAGGUAGUAGCUAUGGAGCCGCUGGUCAUGGAUCUACUACGGGGAUUGUCUUCCCCUGCAGUGGAGGUUAGAAGGAAGAUCCUUCACAUCUGCACACCACUGGUGAAUAGUCGUAAUAUUGCUGAUGUAGUUGGUAUGCUGCGAAAAGAGCUCAUCAAGACACAGGACACCAGCACGUCUGAGGGCAAUACUGAGUAUCGUCGCCUCCUCAUACGAGCUUUGCAUCUGACCACAAUACGUGUGGGUGAUGCUACCUUCGCUAGCCAAGUGGUGUCUGUGUUGCUGGACAUCCUCACUGAGCAGACUGAUGUGAAAGCGACGG